AUGGGCUCCUUUGAAGAGGCGACUCAUUAUGAGAGGAUGUGUACCCAACAUCAUGUCAUAGUAAAUGCCAUAAAAUUAUUUUUUCUAAAAAAGUAUUCGCAAAAUUGGAGUGCAUCCAUACACCGUUGGAAGAUUGUUGAAUCUAUCGGGAAGAAUAAUACGUCUUACCUGACCUCUGCCCAGGGAGGCAGCACAUAUUCAAAUGAUGACACAACACAAGUGGGACGAAACACGUCUGAAAAAAAGACCAAUGUAAACACUUCAAAUGGUGAGUCACAGUUAGACGAAGACCAUUCCCAGAUUAUGCCAUAUGACGAAACAGAGAAAAUCCCAAAAGAUGCAGAGUCGCACUUGUUUGAGAGGGGCCCUGUCGUCAUCCAUUACUUGAAGAAGAAAAAACAAACGAACAAUCCCCACUACAACAUAGACCCAUCGGCCAAAACAGAAAAGAUCCAAAUCUACUAUAACUGCGAAAUGACCGACAUGGAAAGAAAAAUUUGUAAAAUUAAAAAAUUUUUGCGAAAUGGAAAUCCCGUAGACAUUCUUUUAAUUUGUGAGAAAGACAGCGACUGCGACGACGAGGUCAACCAAAAGGGAGGAGUGUGGGGAAAAAAAAAAAAUGAAUAA